UUGCAGAGAGAAGAAAGAUGGAAAGUAAUGCAGUUCUGCUGGAAUCCAAGUCCUCUCCUAUCAACCUGCUGAAUGAAAUGCAUCAGCUGCGUCUCCUGGGCCACCUGUGCGACGUGACUGUCAGCGUGGAGUACCAAGGCGUCCGGGCGGAGUUUGUUGCUCACAAGGCUGUGUUGGCAGCAACAAGCAAGUUUUUCAAGGAGGUGUUCCUUAACGAGAAGGGCAUGGAUGGCCCGAGGACCAACGUGUUCCUGAACGAGGUCCAGGUCGCCGAUUUUGCUUCGUUUCUUGAGUUUGUUUAUACUGCUAAGGUAGAAGUGGAAGAAGACAGAGUGCAGCGCAUGCUGGAAAUAGCCGAGAAGCUGAAGUGCUUGGACCUCUCGGAAACCUGCUUUCAGUUAAAGAAGCAGAUGCUCGAAUCGGUGCUGCUGGAGUUGCAAAACUUCUCGGAAUCGCAGAACUCCGAGGAAGAGAGCGCUACCCAGCCAAGCGUUCUGCUCGAGUCCAAAGCAGCUGCUGUGGCAGGAGCCGAGCAGGCAGACUGUCCUCUGGAUCCUCCGGAUUCCCCAGCAGACAGGCCCAGCAGUGGAAUGUCUCCCGAGGUGCCGGCUACCAAAUCCAAAGAGAAAACGGACAAAAAGAAGGAAAUGAUGAAGCCUCCUUACGCCAAAAUCAGAAGGGCAAGUGGGAGGCUGGCUGGGAGGAAAGUGUUUGUGGAAAUCCCCAAGAAGAAAUACACCAGGCGGCUGAGAGAGCAGCAGAAGAACGCAGAGGUCGCUGUCGAAGAAAACAGAUACCCUCAGGAUCAGGAGGUGUGUGAGAUGGAGAGAGAGGAGGAGCAGGCGGAGAACGACGUCAAACCCGAAAGCGAAGAACACGAUGGCAACUUUGAGUCGGAAGAAAACCUGAGAAAAUCCGAAGAGGAUAAAAAGAAACGAGGCAGUAACUUCAAGUGCAGCACGUGCGAGAAGGAGUUCCUGUACGAGAAAAGCUUCCUCAAGCACAUCAAGCACAGCCACGGCAUGGCGGCCGAGAUCGUUUACCGGUGUGACACCUGCAGUCAGACCUUUGCCAACCGGUGCAACCUCAAAAGCCACCAGCGCCACGUCCACAGCAGCGAGCGCCACUUCCCUUGUGAGCUCUGCGGUAAGAAGUUCAAGAGGAAGAAGGACGUCAAGAGGCACAUUCUCCAGGUUCAUGAGGGUGGUGGGGAGCGUCAUCAGUGCCAGCAGUGUGGAAAGGGGUUGAGCUCCAAAACUGCCUUGAGGCUCCAUGAAAGGACGCAUACAGGCGACAAGCCUUAUGGGUGCACAGAGUGUGAGGCUAAAUUUUCUCAGCCUUCUGCACUUAAAACACACAUGAG